GACAAACUAGAUUAAAAAAAAGAAAAAAAGAACUUGAAUCGUCGGUGUCGUCUGCAGGCUGCACUGUUACGUCGUCUUCUGUCAGGAAACAUUUUAAUGGCUUUACGAGGAAUUAAAGUCCUGGAAAUAGCUGGAUUGGCUCCAGCUCCAUUUUGUGGCAUGAUCUUGGCUGAUUUUGGAGCCUCAGUUGUACGCGUUGACAAGACAAUCCCUACUCCUGAUAUUGACUGUUUGUCAAAUGGCAAGAGAUCUGUCGCGAUCAAUUUGAAAACUAAAAGAGGAGUCGAGGUGUUUCAGAAACUUUGCUCUAACACUGAUGUUCUCAUCGAGCCAUUCAGAAAAGGAGUAAUGGAGAAGCUAGGUCUUGGGCCCAGUGAGUUGAUGCAGCACAAUCCUCGCCUUGUAUAUGCCAGGCUGUCAGGAUUCGGACAAGAGGGCACCUACAGUGAGCGUGUUGGGCACGACAUCAAUUUUGUUUCCAUGUCAGGCUUACUUUCACUCCUGGGGGAGGAGGGCAGGCAGCCAACCCCACCUGCCAACUUGGCGGCAGACUUUGGGGGUGGAGGGCUAAUGUGUGCUCUUGGGAUUGUGUUGGCACUACUGGAAAGACAUACCUCAGGGACAGGUCAGGUAGUGGACUGUGGGAUGGUUGGCGGGACUGCUUACCUGGCUAGUUGGCUAAUGAGAAGUCAGACGUUGCCUAUCUGGGGACAACAACGUGGAUGCAACAUUCUAGAUGGAGGGGCCCACUUUUACACAACAUAUCAGACCAAGGAUGGGGGCUGGAUGGCUGUAGGUGCUGUUGAGCCUCAGUUCUAUGAUCAGCUGUUGCAAGGUCUGGGUCUCGAGGAUGUGCCACAGUUCCCCUUAGAUUUUGCAGAGUGUAAGAGAAUAUUCGCUGAGAAGUUCAAAGAGAAAACUCAACACGAAUGGUGCCAGAUAUUCGAAGGAUUGGAUGCCUGUGUGACGCCCGUCCUUUCCCUGUCAGAUGCGGCUUCGCAUCCCCAUAAUGUUGCCAACCGUACCUUCGUUGCAGAUAGGGAGGUGACCACACCUAACCCUGCACCCAAGCUCUCCCGCACUCCGGGCCAGUCCCUUUCACACCUGCCACGCCCCCGCCCAGGCCAGCACACGCAGGAAGUGCUCAAGGAGGCAGGGCUGCCAACAGAGGAGAUACAGGAGCUGCUAAGGUCAGGUGUGGUAGGCUGCACGGACUCAAAACUCUAACCAUGGGCUGAUUGGUGGUGAAAUGUUAUUCAGUUGGGUACUACAAAAGGUGUUUUCUUUACUUUAGUAUUUUGAAAAAAGCGAAAUUUUAAUUUUAGGUGAUUGAGUUGAUUUGAUGUUGUAGUCACUGGCAACAAGUUAGUACACUUAGUAAUCAAAUAAGGAAAUAAACUACAUUAAUGUCAUAAUUUUAAAUUGUACUUUAAUUUAAUACUUGAAUUUACAAGACAAGUGUGUUAUUCUGUAAUAUGUUACACAGUUUGACAAGUUGGGUAUUCAGCAAGUUUAGUGUGCCACAAGAGACAUUUGCAUCAGUGAAAUGUACUAUAGAUCUUAUGUAUGUAAUAUAAGUAUGUAAAUACAGAUUAUAGUUUUCCCAUUUUACUGGAUUUUUCAUUACUGAUACUAAGCAGCCAGAUCAUGUCAGAAUACAGGUGCUAUUAUUUUCAAAGUUAGCUUUGUUCACUUAUUAUUCACAUCUUCAUUUAUAAUUCACCUUAUUACUUUCAUUCGAAUAAUCCAGCAAUGAAGGGGAAAGAAACUCUAAAACAUAUUUACCGUUUUAUAUAUAUAUAUAUAUAUCUUUCUCAGUUGGGAAUUUUAGUUGUACUGAAUUAUGUAAGGUCCAACCAGACUAAUUGUUUGAUUUGGGUUAUGUGUAAAAUGUUAUUAUUUUUGAAGUAACUAUUUUUAUAAAAUUAUUGUUACUGUUUUUAUUAUUAUUGGUGGCUUGUUACAAUUUUAUAGUUUUAUAAUAAAACUUUUAUAAAUUUGAA